AGGAGAGGAGAGAAAGUGAGGAAAGUUUUCUGCGGGUGAAGGAGAAAACACCUUCUGAGACUAAGGGACUUUUUUUCCCCUUCCUCCCCGGUUCUCUUCCUCUUCUUUAUCCGUCCAUCCCGAAGAAGAAGAAGGAGAAGAAGAAGGAAACAGCAGAGACGGACCCUCUAUCAUCAAUUAAAUCCACAUACGCGCGCGCUUAAUUGGCAGCUGGCGGUGCGCACGUGAAGACGCGCAGACACGCGCACACACCGUGAAGUGUUGAGCAGAGCCGGAGCUCCUCCGGGUGCAGGUGUCCACGAGGGAGUAAGUGACCGCCGCACCUUCACAUGCACCGGGAUGGAUCCAUGGAGUCCAGUGCGUGAGAAAUGGCUGCUGCUGGUGCUGCUGCUUGUCGCGGUGCUUCACACAUCAACAGCAGCCGCUCCCAUCGAUGUCCUGAAGGUCCUGGAGCUGUCGGAGGACAUGGACGGAGUGUCGCUGGAGGCCGGUCUGUGCACCAGCAGGACGGGCCGAGAAGAAACUGACCUCUCCUUUAAAAUCGAUAAGAAGAUCCAACUGAGCGCUCCCACCAAGCAACUCUUCCCCGAUUCUCCGUUCCCUAUGAAUUUCUCCGUGAUGACGACAGUUAAAGCUGUGAAAGGCUCACAGGUCUUUCUCCUUUCCCUGUACGACUCGCAGGGCACUCAGCAGCUGGGGGUGGAGGUCGGUCGGUCUCCUGUCUUCCUCUAUGAGGACCACGAGGGUCAGCCACCUCCCGAACUUUACCCCACCUUCAGGAAGAUCAACCUGGCUGAUGGCAAGUGGCACAGAGUAGCCUACAGUGUGGAGGGCCAGUCUGUGACCCUCUACCUGGACUGUGUCAAGCUGGACACCCUGGACCUGCUCAGAGGUCACGACCCCCACGUCAGCACCGAGGGAGUCACCGUGUUCGGAACUCGGCUGCUGGACGAAGACGUGUUUGAAGGGGACAUCCAGCAGCUGCUCAUCGUGGACGACCCCCGAGCAGCGGAGACGUACUGUCAGGACUACAUCCCCGACUGUGACGCAGCUCUGCCCUACGACAGCAUUCUGACGGAGGCUGAGGAGGUGGAGAGAGCGCCGAAGAAACAUGUGGUGGAGGCGUUUGAGGAGUUCGACUACAGCGACCUCUACGAUGACGUCUCCGGCUCCACAGUGACCGCCGGCCCGAAUGUCACAGAGUACGAGAUCGUGGAGUACGAGGACUACGACAACUCGACAGAUUACUACCAAGUGAACGAGUACGAGGAAGAAUACGACGAGGGUUAUGGACCGGCUGAGAGAGAGCGGGAGUAUUCUGUCAACACACAGAAUUUACCAGAAAAAGGACAGAAAGGAGAACCAGGCAUUUUGGGACAGGGCACGCAGGUCACAGGAGCCUACGGGCCUCCAGGACCUCAGGGAGAGCCGGGGUCUUCUGGCAUCACAGGACCAGUGGGACCUCGAGGAGACCCCGGGGAGCUGGGGCCUCCAGGGCGGCCGGGUCUGGACGGAGCUGAUGGGAUCCCAGGUCCCCCAGGCAACAUCAUGCUCAUACCGUUCCAGUCAGGUGGCGGUCCAAAGACAGGUGCUGUGGUUUCUGCACAGGAGGCGCAGGCCCAGGCCAUCCUGCAACAGACCAAGCUGGCGAUGAAGGGACCUCAAGGACCACUUGGUCUCAGGGGACGACCCGGACCACUGGGUUCCCCCGGUUCCUCUGGGCUGAAGGGGGCCAAUGGAGACACAGGGCCACCGGGUCCUUCAGGAAUGCCAGGUAUCCCGGGUCAGAACGGACGACUUGGGAAAAGGGGUCGCUCAGGUACAGAUGGAGGCCGUGGUGCAAUAGGAGAAUCUGGAGCGAAGGGUGAUCGGGGGUUCGAUGGCCUGCCUGGUCUUCCGGGAAACAAAGGACAUAAAGGGGACAGAGGGAAACCAGGUCUGUUAGGUCCUCCAGGAGAAUCAGGGGAAAAGGGCUCUGACGGGCCGGUCGGGCCAAGAGGACAGCCAGGUGAUGCUGGCUCCAGAGGUCUGAAUGGCCCCAGAGGUCGUGCUGGUCCCUCAGGCCAACCUGGCAUUCGAGGAAUUGAUGGCGUUCAAGGCUCGAAGGGAAACAUAGGAUCCCCGGGAGACACCGGAGCACCGGGACAACAAGGCAACCCUGGAAUAGUGGGCUUCCCUGGUCCUCAGGGGUUAGUCGGGUUGCCCGGCGAAAAGGGGCCUCAGGGGAAGAAAGGGUUGCAGGGCUUACCUGGAAACGAUGGGCCCUCAGGUCAUCCAGGACGAGAAGGCACCCCAGGUGAAAAAGGCCUGCCGGGUCCUUCGGGGGUGCAGGGGCCUGUUGGGUAUCCUGGACAACGAGGGGUUAAGGGAGCAGAAGGAAUCCGCGGAUUAAUGGGAAGCAAAGGGGAGAAGGGAGAGGACGGUUUCUCCGGGGCCAAGGGGGAGAUGGGAGGGAAGGGCGACACUGGAGACAAUGGAGUUCCAGGUGGGAGAGGAGAGGAUGGACCAGAGGGACCCAAAGGCCAGACGGGUCCUCUAGGAGAAGGCGGCUCAUCUGGUAUUUCUGGAGAGAAGGGAAAACUGGGAGUUCCAGGGCUGCCAGGGUAUCCAGGACGUCAGGGGCCAAAGGGUUCUGAUGGUUUCCCUGGUACACUGGGAACUGCAGGAGAGAAAGGGAAAAAGGGUCCUGCAGGACAACCAGGAGGCGGGGGCCAGAGGGGUCCAAAUGGUGCACGAGGUGGUAGAGGAGCACGAGGGCCGACGGGGAAAUCAGGAGAGAAGGGCACCUCAGGAAAUGAUGGACCCCAAGGAUCUAAUGGAGAGAGGGGACCUCAAGGACCCGUAGGAAGGAACGGAGAGCCAGGACCUAAAGGAUCAAGCGGUCCAGGUGGGAAGGAUGGACUUCCAGGUCACCCAGGUCAAAGAGGAGAAGCAGGAUUCCAAGGGAAGACGGGACCUCCCGGACCUUCCGGUGUUGUGGGGCCACAGGGCAAAUCAGGAGAGUCUGGCCCAACUGGGGACCGCGGUCACCCAGGGGCACCAGGGGUCCCUGGAGAGCAUGGUUUACCAGGGGCUGCUGGGAAGGAAGGUGGAAAGGGUGACCCAGGUUUGUCCGGGACAUCUGGGAAGAGCGGUCCUACGGGCCUGAAAGGAUUCAGGGGGAGCCGAGGAGCGACUGGAAUUAUGGGGCCUCCCGGUCUGAAAGGAGGAUCAGGACCUAACGGACUCCAGGGAGCCCUCGGGGCCUCAGGCGAGAGGGGCCCUCCAGGAGUAGCUGGGGCCAUCGGACAACCGGGUCGGGCCGGAACUAUCGGAGGACCUGGACCAAUGGGAGAGAAGGGGGAGCCUGGAGACAAGGGACCAAUUGGACCAGCAGGUCAGGACGGAGAUCAGGGAACUGUAGGAAUGCCUGGAGCUACUGGUCCUACUGGACCUCCAGGAGAUGACGGAGAUAAGGGGGAGCAAGGAGGCCCCGGGCAGAAGGGCAGCAAAGGAGACAAAGGAGAAGGAGGCCCCCAAGGUCCCAUUGGCACUCAAGGGCCUAUCGGUCAGUCAGGACUCCCGGGUAUUGAUGGACUGCUAGGUCCCCGGGGCCAGCAGGGCAUGUACGGACCGAAAGGAGACGAAGGUCUACGCGGCUUUAAGGGCUCCAGAGGACCGAUAGGAUUACAGGGCAUGCCGGGCCUGCCAGGAGAGAAGGGUGAGAGUGGACAUGGGGGACUGAUGGGUCCACCUGGGCAACAAGGCCCAUCUGGUCCUCAAGGACCCGUUGGGGGUCAGGGUCCAACCGGGCGACUAGGAAUGAUAGGACAGCCUGGUGUUGGUGGAGAGAAGGGGGAGGAGGGUGAGGCCGGUGACCCUGGAUCCGUCGGUUUUUCAGGAAAGCUAGGAGAUAAAGGAGACUUUGGGGAGAAGGGAGAUUCAGGCCCUCCAGGAGCAGCUGGGACUCCAGGAGCCAGGGGCCCUUCAGGCGAUGAUGGGCCUAAGGGCAAUUCUGGCUCUAUAGGCCUCACAGGGGACCUUGGACAACAGGGAGAAGCUGGACCCAAUGGCGUGGAUGGUCUGCCUGGCUCUAAAGGAGACACAGGGGAUCCUGGGAAAUCUGGACCACCAGGAGCAGCAGGGGAACCGGGACCAUCUGGACCUCCUGGACGAAGGGGCCACUUGGGGAAACAAGGGAAGGGUGGAAAGGCAGGCCUGAAAGGAGUGAAGAUAUUCGAGCUCCAUGGAACGUGA